GUAGCCAGCGAGCGGGGGAGCCGUGCGGGCGGCAGCGGCCGCAGCCCUGCGUCAGCCGCGCCGCGGAGAUGCGCGUCCUCGCCGCCCUGUGAGCGCCGCCGGCGGAGACGGCGAGGAGAGCGGCGUCCCCCGCAGCGGCUUUGCCAGUCGGGGCGCCCGCCGCGCCCCUCUCCAGCGCACGGAAGAGGAAGGCGAGGGGGAGGGGGCCCAGCGGACGGUCCCGCUGCGGCCGCGGCGACCAAACCUCCCCGUCGGGACUCCGGUGGCGAGAGGCGGAGGAGGCGGCGGCAGGAGCCGGAGCGGGGAGCGCUCGCCGCUGCCCCGGGGCCGGGACAUGUCGUCGGCGGCGGUGGCGGCUGCUUCCCGCAGGCAGUCGUGCUACCUGUGCGACCUGCCCCGCAUGCCUUGGGCCAUGAUCUGGGACUUCACCGAGCCCGUCUGCCGGGGCUGCGUCAACUACGAGGGGGCCGACCGCGUGGAGUUUGUCAUCGAUACGGCGCGGCAGCUGAAGCGGGCGCACGGUUGCUUCCCCGAGGGCCGAGCCCCGCCGCCGCCCCACGCCAAGCAGCCUCCGCUCUCCGCCAAGGAGCUGUUGGCGCAGCAGCAACAGCUCGGCCACCCCGCGGCGGCAGAGGCGGCGGCGCGGCCCCCGCCGCAGCCCCUGGAGCGCUACUCGCUGGCGGCUGAGCGGCCGCCGCCCCGCCUGGGCACUGAGUACGGCGGCGGCCGACAGGUCAACGGCAUCCUGGUGCCCAACGGCUUCCCCAAGCCCGAGGAACCGCCCGAGCUGAACCGGCAGAGUCCCAACCCACGGCGAACGCACGCUGUGCCUCCCACCCUAGUGCCGCUGGUGAACGGCGCCGGGCUUCCCGCCGCCAUCAGUGGCUUGGGCAGCCGCGCCGCCGCUGCUGCUUCGCUGGCCGCCAUCUCCGCUGCGCCCGCCCCGAUGGCCGUGCCUGUCCCCCAACAGCCGGCGGCGGCGACGCAGGCGGCUACGCAGGCAGCAGGACAGCCCGGCGAGCUGGGGCACAAGCGCCCUGGCUCCGUCUCCUCCUCGUCCUCUGGCGGCAGCGGUGCGGCGGGGGAGCACGACGGCGGCGCUAAGGAAAAGCGAGGCUCAUCUGAGAGUUUGCCGGCGGCGGCGGAGCUGGCCACCGAGGGCAAGGGCCGGCCGGGCGGCGAGCAGGAGUGGCUGGCGAAGCCCAAGACGGUGCGGGACACGUUGCUGGCCCUGCAUCAGCAUGGCAGUCACGUCGUGGCACCCUUCGAUAGCAAGUUCAAGAAGGAGCCGGGCAUGGCGGGCGGAAGGCUGCUGGGCUACGAGACCAACGGCGCCGUGGCCAAGCCAGGGGCCCGUGCCGCCCGGAAGAGGAAGCCUUCUCCCGAGCCAGAGGGUGAGGCAGGCCCCCCGAAGAUCAAUGGGGAGGUGCAGCCUUGGCUGCCCACCUCGUCGGAAGGGAUGAAGCUGCCGCUGACGGCCACCCCAUUCAUGUCGCCCCCGCCGCCCACCGCCUCUCCCCACUCCAACCGGACCACGCCGCCCGAGGCGGCCCAAAACGGCCAGUCUCCCAUGGCUGCCCUCAUUUUGGUGGCGGACAAUGCCGGGGGCAACCACGCCUCCAAAGAGGCCAACCAGGUCCACUCCACCACGCGGAGGAACAGCAGCAGCCCCCCCUCGCCCUCCGCCAUGAACCAAAGAAGGCUGGGUCCCGGCAGGGAGGUGCCGGGUCAGGGGGCCAACGCGGCGGGCGGGCUGGAGCCCGUGCACCCCGCCAGCCUGCCGGACUCGUCCCUCGCCGCAAGCGUCCCGUUGUGUUGUACUCUCUGCCACGAGCGCCUAGAAGACACCCACUUCGUGCAGUGCCCCUCCGUCCCCUCCCACAAGUUCUGCUUCCCCUGCUCCCGGCAGAGCAUCAAGCAGCAGGGAGCCAGCGGGGAGGUUUAUUGUCCUAGCGGGGAGAAAUGCCCCCUGGUCGGCUCCAAUGUCCCCUGGGCCUUCAUGCAGGGGGAGAUCGCCACCAUUCUGGCUGGAGAUGUGAAAGUGAAAAAGGAGAGGGACUCGUGACUUGGCCGCUUUCGUCGCCCAGCAUCACCUUGAACUCGAACUGCUCGAAUUCUGUAUAUAUCUAUAAAUAUAUAUAUAAAUAUAUAUAUAUCUCCAAGACAAGGGAAAUGUAGACUUCAUAAACAUGGCUGUAUAAUUCUGAUUUUUUUGAAUACAUUGUGUUUCUAUAUUUUUUGAAGACUAAAGGUAUGUACUUAUUAUAAAGGCAUUUCUUCUGAUUCUUCCUUUUGUUUCUUUUUCUUUGAGUUUGGGUUUUUUUUUUUCCUUUUUUUCCCCCCUUUUUUUCAUUUUGUUAUAGCGACUAUUUGUUGUGCUUCCCUGGUGACAGUUACUGUUCAAUGUAGGCUGUGACUUGCGCUGCUUUUUUUAGAGAGCACUUGGCAAACCAGAAAUGCUUCUAGCUGUAUUUGUAUGCACUUGUUUCUUUCCCCCCCCCCCCCGCCUUUUUCUCCUCUUUUGUUUUGUUCGAGUUUUUUGUUUUAUUUCGUUUGUUUCUGUUUUUUGUUUAAAUGCCAAAUACACUUUCUGACAUUGUAAAGAUUGCCUUACUGUCUGUGAUUCCUUAUCCCUGGCCCCUGUCCUGUAGAGCUGGUCGCAUGCAGGCUUGGUUCGAGGCAGUUGGGGAGAAGAGUGGUUGGCCAAGGCAGGAAUGCCCUUUGCCAAUUCUGCCAGCCAGGCGAGCUUAGGGAGCAGGAGGGCUUUCUCCCAGAAACACGUGGCUCACAUUGAGGUGGCUGAUCCGACAGAGUCAGUACAAAAUUCCUCCAUGUUUCUCAAGGGAAGUUGCCACCAGAACAGGACGUGGAAAGGUGUCCAAGAGGCGCUGUUGAGUUAGGGAUUUCUGGGUUGGUUUGGUUUUGGUUUGGUGGUGGUUCUAUUUUUUUUUAAGGCAAAGUUGACUGCAGUUCACGUGAUCACUUGAAAGAUUACAAAACUGCAGUUCUUCACCAAUUGCACACCAGAACGUGGGAUUCUGAUAACAAACUUCAUUACACGAUUGGUAAAGGUGCCAGCGUAGCACUGUGAUCUCUGAAGGUCUUCAGUGUUGCUUCUGAGGCUUUUGUGUCUUUAGACAAAGCUGAGAGGUGGGGGUGAGAUUUUUUUUUUUUCCUCAGCUUUUAUUUUACUUUUAAUUUUCAGAUAGUGCAGAUGGACUUUGAGUUUGUUUAUCAGUCACCUCUAGUGCUGUUGCUAUUGUUACUAUCACUGACCCAAUAUUUCCAAGUAGUGGCAGGUACAGUGUGGUACAGUGACGGGGGUGACUGAAGCUCUGCCAGAUUGCCCGUGGGCAUAUAUCAAUGACAGCCCAAAUGUGGGUGGAGGAAACCUGUAAUUUCCUUAUUACAUGUGCUUGAAACAAACCUACUGCUAUUCUUUGAAAAUGGAAAUACAGACUGGUUGAAAUGAAAGCAAUUGGGGCUGCACAUAAUGGUCCUGGCCCAGCCUUUUAAGCUACUUUGGAGAACUCUUGUAAAGCCACUUCUUUUGAUCACGCUUCUGCAUCACCAAGCAGACUUCUAAAAUCAAUAAAUCAUUGGUUACUAGAAAUAGUUUGAGUCUUAUAGUGAUGUUUUCGUGCUGUUUAUAGUUUGUUGGCGGUGCUGCAGCUGUAUGAGCCCUUCUGUUGAGGUGUUUUAUAAUUGGGUUAUAAGCAGUUGUUUCCGAGCAAAAGGGGUGGCAAGGUUGUACCUUCCUGGGGAUGGGCUCAUAAACACUUUCAGUAUGGUAAGAGGAGGAGAAAAAAAAAAAAACCCACAAAUUUGAAGAAUUUGGGGUGCUUUUUAGUCAACUGUUCAUAUUGUGACAAUGUUCAGACUGCAAUUUAAUGCAGACAAAUCUUUGGAAGAGGUUUUUUUUCUUUCUCUUUUUUUUUUCCUUUGAAAAAAGAAAUUGGCAUUAGUAUUUGAAGAUCAGAAAUGCACAUAACACAGUAAUUUUUUAUGAAGUGUUUAAUGAGCACACCCACUACAUUGUGUUCCAUAUUACAGGUCAAUGUAAUACUAGGUAAGACUUGCAUGAUAAACAAAAUCAUUGAGGUCAAUAUUACGCUUUAAAACUUAUAGUCAAGAUUGGUGUCUUAUGUAAACACAUUUAGCCCAUUUGAAGAAAACGCACAUGAUAUAUAUAUACCUAUAUAUAUAUACCUAUAUAUAUUAAACAAAAAAGCAAACCACAAUUGUAAAGGAUUCUUUGGAACCACUAUGAUCUGUGUAAAUGUGUAUUUAGGCACUUUAUUAAAAAAAAAAUGGAUUUUGAGCUGA